AUGGCGUUGACAACGGAGUUGGCGACCAAAGUGGAGAAGUUGCUGGUAGCAGCCAGCGGCGGCUCGCUUGUUCGGUCGAUGGAGCAGGUGUACGGGCUCUUAGCAGAACACGGGUUGCUCUACCAGCAGAAAGUGGUGUCCAGCUUCAUAGGCGUGCAUCCAAGCAAUAGGGACGGCUGCGGCGUCUCCGCAAAGCACGUGCAUGAGCUGCUGGCGGACCUGGUGCAUCUGGGGUGGAGCCCUGCCGAAUUUCGCGGCUUAUGCGUUGAAGUUUCGGAGAAGGAAAGGUCCCGGGUGUUUGCCUGGAAUCAAGAGUUGGCCCACAACUCCGAAGGGCAAGUCCCCCCCUGGACAUCGGAGCUCCAACUGAAGUUCGCAACCGUGGCAGGGUCCCACACAAAUCAAGUUCUCAGAUGCUUCCUGGCGAAGACACCAAGUCAAUGUGCGCAAGUCGCCGAGAACGGGCGGCUGAGCCUGAGCUCGCUGCAGACGGCCGAUCCCGACUUCCAUCGAGCCUGCGUCGAAGGUGCUACGUGGAGGAUUGUCUCCCACCAAGUGCCGGAGCGGUUCCCAAACUUUUGCCAGCUUGCACAGGCUGCUGCCAAUGCCACCGGGCAUGUGGCAAGACAAGAAUCGGAAUUACAGCUUUGCCGCCAGAUUCACCAAGAAGUCGCACUGCAGAUGAGCCGUGGGAAAACCAAUGUCAACUACGUUGACAUAAAGGACGCCGUGCUACGCACGAAGCCCCGAAGUGCCUCAACCGUGCCCGCCCUUUUCGUUUUUACCCUCCGCUAUUCCGGAGGACAGACUGCACACCUAUUGCAGGAAACCGAAAAGUUUGUUCGAGCCCACGGCUUCCAAAGCCGCAUGCUGGGUUCGGACAUCUUCGAGGCACUCAACACGGAGAUGAAGUCCCGAGAUCCCGGAGCAUUGAUCAGGCAUAUGAUGUUACAUUUUGCUUAUGGUGCCGAGGAUGCACGGGCCCUGACCGUGAGUGAUGUGAAGAAGCUGUUGUCAGUGGGCAUAGCUAGCAAGCGUGACGAAGCCACCCGAGUGUUUGAAGACUGCAAGGCGCUUUGCAGUACACAUGCGGUCAAUGUGGCUGUCUCCCUCAAGGCGCUAGGCUACCUCCAGAUGAAUCUCAUCGCAGUUUUGCUCGACAAGAAAAAAUACAAAAAACAUGAGAACAUCCAGAAGGCAGCGCAGCAAUGUGUCGAGGAAAUCAACCAGGCAGCCCAACUCCGCAUCCCGAACCCGUUCGCAAGCACUUCCUCAGGGGCUUCUACUUUGAAGUCACCGAACAAGCCGGCCAAAGAGGAUGCAAGCAUGCUGAAAAGUGAUAGUUCCACCGGCAACAUUAAAGGGAUGACUGCCUCCGAAGUGACACUUGACGUGGAAGGGCAUGAUGUGAAGGUGUCGGCCGAGAGCUUUUUGAAAGGGGAGUGGCGGCAAGUCAACUUGAAAGGGGAAUCGGUUGCCGUGGAGUUCGUUGGCUCGCUACCAGUGAAUUCUGUGGACUUUCAAAUCGCACAGUGCAAGGCCCGCAUCCUGGAUCGAAUGACCGCACAGGAGGCCACGGGGGCCGCCCACUAUGGCAACCUCGAGCUUUACCUCAAGCCUAGCAAGAAUGUGCAGGCAACAAAGAGGUUCGAAAAGGGUGAGCUGGUGCUGAUCCCCAGCACCCACAAGAUCGACUUGAAACGACCCGGCUCUGCAAGCAGCGGCGCCGUCGUGGCAGGUCUCGUCGACAUCGAGGGGGAGACGUACGAAAUUGCGCUCAGCAGCUGCUUGCAGAUUUUGCAGGCAUCGAAGCCAGUACUUCACCCGUUCUGGUGCAUGAGGACGUCGACGGUUUCAGCAGAGUGCAAUCUUGAAUUGUUUCCUCGGAACCACACGAGCAAAAAGUUCAAAAUGGACAGCGAUGCCGUGUGGAACAUCCCAAUGGCCAAGAGCACUAAAGUGAUCAACGAGGGAGACAGCUUGGUGCUGUGGAAGCCUUCCACAACUCCGAGACCCGAUUUUCAAGUCAGGCAGGGCAUGUGGGCUCGCCUGGCCGUGGGUGGCAUGCUCAAGGACGGAAGCAAAUGGCUCGUGAAGACCAAGGAAGUGGACAACAUGCUGUUCGCUCAGAUAGACAAGUGGGAUCCCAAAUUCGUGCCGUUCGUGACAGGGAAAGCAGUUCAGUUGCGGAAGGAGAAGGAUCCACACCACCUGAGCAUCCCAGCCUUUGGGGACUUUCUCGAGUUUCGCCGGCAGGCUUGCGACCGCCUGUACAAUGCCAUGAUCAAAGAGGCAGCUUUGGUGGCCGGGGAUGCAGCGCCAGAGGAGAAGACGGCGCGAGAAGAGGACCUCUACGUGGCAGGGCGGGUGGUGCGCAUGCGAUGCCCAGCGAUCGCUUGCAACGGCGAGUCCAUGGAAGCGAGAGAGAUUGCCGCAGUCUGGUCCGUCAGAGACCCCGUGAUAUGGAUCGAGCUUUUGGAAGAGAACUUGCAGUACUUGGCACUGUUCAUGCGGCGAGGGCUGGUGGAUUAUCUAGCUGAUGAAGGUGCUCCGAGCCGCCGCCGAUUGAAGCUUCGAGGGGAGGCGGAAAAACAAAUGGUGAAGAAAGCGAAGAAGUCGCCCAAGAAGAAGAGUCGACGCUCUCGCAAACGCAAGGCUGCCGCAAGCCAGGAGGAUAUCACUUUACACCUCCCCCGCCACUCCUGA